AUGUAUUCCACCUCUUUCCUAUUCCUCUUUCUAUUCAUUCUCCUUCAAUUGCCACGUGGCACGGAGACAAUUGAAUGCUAUUCCGGUUCACAGUUACAAGUCAUCAAUUGUCCGUCAAUGUCGUGUAUUAAACAGACACUUGGUUUGGAUACGGUCCGCUAUUGUGACGGCACCGGUGUCUCCUCGAUUUGCCAAACCUAUAGAAUCGUGGAAACCUGUGACACCAUCCCGAAUCUCGGAUACAUUUGCUGUUGUGGAGGCGACUUGUGCAAUUCCACAUUUUCCAAAUCUUCCGGUCUAAUUCUAAUUGUCUCAUCGGUGUUUUUGUAUUUGUUCUUUUGA